CUUUUUGAACGCUCAAAAUACAAAGCGACAAAUCAAAGAAAAUUAAACACUGGAUCGCAUCUAUUGGAUUGGAUCGAUGGAUUGGAUCGAGCUAGAGACACGCCGGGAAGCUCGACAAAAAUAACACAUGGAAACACAUCCAUCCAAAGCAAGGGUUUAAUCUAAAUUUUACGCAUGAAAAUAUUUCGUAUUUCGUUUCGUAUUUAAAGUUUCGUAUUUUUUUCCGAUCGCCUCCUUACUAUAGGCGGCGGAACGACUUUAAAAUUGUGUAAGGUCUUAACCGUUAGUCUCUCCCACAGCCAUUCUUAGUGUUCAGUUUCUUUUUGUCUUGUAAACUCGUUGCUAGGGCUAUAAACCUUGGACAACAUCCAGACCGUAUGGACUAGGGAUAUUACAGCCUUCUCAAUCAGAAAAAACGAUACCGGCAAUAUCUUUAAAUACUGGCCACGGCAUAAUGUCUGAAGGCCCUGACCCAACUACCCCUACAUAGAGCUUCAACAGACAUCAUUUAGGGCUACCCUUAUAUUUUCCCGUAUGAAACCCUGAGCUAACUAUCUGUUCAUCCUGCUUGGAGAAUAACAUGAUAUACAGUCAGUCAUAUCGAUCGGUUGCGUGGUCUGUCAAAUGGUAGAUGUCAGUGCGGCCCGGGUCACAUUCCUCAGUUGAUCAUGAUACCCCGAUGCAUGCAAAGCCUGCAAAGUUCAUUGCAUUUGAACUGAGUUCGUCGCCUGAUGGUACUGGGUUGAUAUUGAGAUUUAGGCACCGUUAAUAUUCGUUUGGUUAGGCGUCCUUUGCUUCUUUGGCUCUUUGAUAACGACAUGGAGCGUACAGGAUUAUCAUUUCUCAUUCUGUGCGCAUGCUCAGUAGUUUUGUUGCUUGAAGGUGUGUCUGCAUUUAAACUUGGGGACAAUGCAAGAUGUACACUUGGCAAUACAAGCUUUGCAUUGUUAGCCAAACCUGGUUUCCAGUCUAUAAUUGCAUUUGAUACUAAUCGCAUAUACCAUAACUUGACUGAUGAUGAUAAUAUCACCUGUCAUUGGAAAAUAACUGCCCCUCCAGGAUAUUUUGUCAAGAUCAAGUUUGCUCAGUUUAAAGGCUGCAAUGAAUUAUAUAAUUGUAGCUAUUAUUAUUUUGAGGCCAGAGAAGGAAGAAAUGAAUCAGGUCCUCUGCUCAGCAAAUUGUGUACUUCUGAUCAAUGCUUGGAUGCUGAUAAAAUCUACAGUAUUGGAACAGAUAUGUUUGUUAAAUUUUAUUUCAAAAAAACCCCUAUUAAUUUUCAUGUGACUUUCUUGGCUGGUGUCUAUGCUGUCCGCCACGAUUCAUUCUGUACUGCAGACUUUACUGAUGAUGGCAACCACAAUAUCAUAUUUAAAGAAUCCCAAGGAAUGUUUAAUACACCAUACUCUUCUUUGCACCAUGGUUAUCCCCGAUUUACUGAUUGCACAUGGAAAAUUGUUGCCCCACCAGGCUACAUUGUCAAAGUUGAAUUCUCUUCCUUUUCCUUGAUAAAAGUUCCUGAUUGCGAACUUGAUUUUGUGGAACUUUCUGAUGGUGCUUUCCAUUCUGGUAUAAACCUGGGGAAAUACUGUGGAACAAUUGCAAGUGCUAGAACUAUCUAUUCUAUUACCUCUGGGCUAACAGUUCACUUUGUAGCUACGGCAUAUUACAGCAAAGAUCCUCGUGAUGGGUUUGUAGCAAGAUAUCAAAUACUAAAACAAAAAUCAUCUGGUCCUUGUACUGAUAGUAACCCAUCAAACGAAAUGUCUGGACAGGGAGGUACUCUGUUAAGUCCAAACUACCCAUUCAACUAUCCAAGUAACAAGCGCUGUACCUGGGUUAUAACUCCAUUAAAAGGUCAACACCUGCAGUUUUCAACAUUAGGCUUUCACCUUAAGCCUUCCACUUCUUAUUCAUGUCAAGACACUGACCAUUUGGAAGUACGAAGAGGAACAACAGCUGCUGGUACACUGGUUGGCUCAUUCUGUGGUGUCAAUGGCCCAAUCGUCAUUUACGCAAGUGAUUCACUUUGGGUGCAAUUUGUCAGCAAGCAAAAUAGCUAUAAAGGCUUCAGUGCGUCUUAUGAAUCUAUCGCGAACAUUCCUCGAAUCUGCUCGCCCCUCAACAAUGCCUCAACCAACAACGAUCUUCAGCUGUCAGACCACCGUGGUUUUCUGCGCAGUCCAUAUUAUCCAGGCAAUUAUCCCAAUAAGUUGCAAUGUACGUGGAAGAUUAAAGGACUGCCCGGGAAACGCAUCAAGCUGACCUUAAAUGACAUUGAUCUGGGGCCACCUUCAGACACUUGUCAGUCUGACUAUUUACAAAUCAGGAAUGGUAUGUCAGGGAGUAGUUCGCUGCAGGGAAAUUACUGUAAAGCUAAAACGAAUCAGGUCAUCUACUCCGAAGGUAACUCUAUGUGGAUUCGAUUCCAUUCAGACUCGAAGGCCACGUUUAAAGGGUUCGACGCUAGCUAUGAAAUUAACGAGUUAUGUGAUAAUUUCAAUAGUUUCGAUGCAAACAAUAAUAUAAGACUCAGCGGGUCAUCUGGUAACUUUAGCAGUCCUGGCUACCCAUCCAACUAUCCAAAAGACUUAUAUUGCACUUGGAAAAUAACUGUACCCGAAGGAAAAGUCAAGCUCACAUUCUCACACUUCGAUGUAACGAAAAAAAGCAGUACUUGUGGCUCUGAUGACUUCGUCCAAGUGUAUAAUGGUAUUGGCACCCAUGAUACAAUUGGGAUUUACUGUGGAGAAAACAUACCAGGACCUAUCUACUCCAAGGACAACACGAUGUCAGUUUAUUUCCGAACGCGCACUGGAGUUGCUUCAGGUUUCAAGGCUCAAUUCAGCACAGCCGCACAACCAACACGGCUUGCCAUAAUUGGAGGAGUAGUAGGUGGCGUGAUACUUUUAACAAUCAUUGGUUCACUUGUGUUUGUCUUUGUCGUACGCAAAAGACGACAAGGGUCAGUCCAACACAUACGAAUGCAUUGACCUGAAACCUAGAAAAAGGCAUGGAGUAUCCUGGCUAAAUGAAUAACAAUAUUAUAUUGGACUUUGUAUUUUUAUUAUCCACGUGUUGUCGAAAAAAAUUAGCAUUUAUAAAUACGUUUUAAAAAAAUCUUGUACACAUAAAGCAAUAAGCACUUCCACCAGCAAUGGGCAAAAUUGUAUUGAGUAUACAAUUCAACGUGGCCAUCAGGAGACAAUUGGAGCACGUUUUAGGGCCCACCCAUAAAAUUUACAGCUUUUGGUAAAUAUUUGAUUGAUGGAAGCCAAAAUCCUGACCACUAGAAGUCUUUUAGAGGUUUCAAAAUAUAAAUAUAGCCCCAAUUCCAGGGGCCAUGUUGUUUUGGAAACAAAACUGAGCUUCUUGCGGAUUUGUGUUUGAAUGAUUUUAUACUAAUACUUAUAUUUCAUAACAUAUUUUCAAUUAAAUACUUUUUGUUGUGUUU